AUCUUCCUCUUUCCAUGAAGCUGUGCGACCUAGAUUGUACUCGACACUGCCUCUCAGCCGGACUGAGAGCUGCAGAAUGUUACCCAGCUCUCCUGGGGCUUCAUGCUUACGCUGAACAGGUGCGGUGUGACAGAAUGGGAGAUCGUCCUCGCGAGGAAUCACUCCAUGCUUGCUAUGUGUGCGAGACUCUUUGCAGAGUGAUAAGCUGUCGCCUUGGGAGUUGAGGAAGAUCUUGCUCGAGAAGCUCAUACCUGCGCGAGGUUUAGCUGUCUCGCUAGCACUCUUGGUAGAAGUGCAGCUCAGGCGGCUAGAAGAGAUGCGAAGGAUCGAGAAGAUGCGGUAAAUGGUCUCUCAUCGCUUGACCACAGAGAGCUGAACGGCUUCAUGCUGUGUUAGCUACCCAUCAUAGUGGAGCACACCAACGCGUACCUUGCUACCAUUAGCGUGUCGGACGACGUGUGAUCACGCCGCAAUCAUAUCUGAACGCUGAACUACACGCUUCUUCUCUUUCUAGCGUUGUCUUCCUGGAUAGAACGGGACUUCAUACACACAAGCCGAGAUGAACGAUUACAAGAGUAAUGGCAUGGAUGUGCUCUGAUGGACAACAAGGACGACGUCAUGUGAGCAGGCCGACGGGCUAUCGACCCCACCACCAAUGCCUCCUCCAACAACUCCCGGAUGAGGAGGAAAGGAAGUAUAAUUUCACAAUCAUAGUCAGCUCUCCAUCCUCGUGUAAUCAUCUCCGCCAUAAAACAUUAUUCCAGAAUACUUCCUCAACCGCAACAAUGGGCAAGAAAAGAGUGCAAUGCUGUAUAUCAGUCGACAUUGACGCCGUUGCCGGCUGGCUCGGAUCCUACGGAGGCGAAGAUUCCACGUCAGAUAUCAGUCGAGGCCUCUUCGCAGGCACGAUCGGUGUGCGACGACUCCUCAAGCUGUUUGAGAAGUACAACAUCACCACCACCUGGUUUAUCCCGGGACACUCUCUCGAAACGUUUCCCGAGGAAUGUCGAAUGAUUGUGGAUGCGGGCCAUGAAAUUGGUCUGCAUGGCUAUAGUCAUGAGAACCCCGUUGCUAUGACUCUGGAGCAGCAGACUGCUGUGAUGGAUAAGUGCUACAAGCUUAUCACCGAGUUCCAGGGUAAGCCUCCGAGGGGUAUUGUAGCUCCUUGGUGGGAGGCAAGUCAGGAGGGUGCGGAGCUUAUGCUGCGGUAUGGACUCGAAUAUGAUCACUCCUUGUCGCAUCAUGACUGUCAAUGCUAUUGGUUGCGAACUGGCGACAAGUGGGUCCCCAUCGACUUCAAGAAGCAUCCAGAGCAUUGGAUGAAGCCGCUCGAAGGAGGACCGAUGACCGGUCUCGUCGAGAUUCCGGCAUCGUGGUAUCUUGACGACUUGCCGCCGAUGAUGUUCAUCAAAAAGUCAUCAAACAGUCACGGAUGGGUGAAUCCGCGCGACGUGGAAGACUUGUGGAUGGACCAAUUCAAGUACUUCUAUCGAGAGUACGACGACUUUGUCUUUCCCGUGACUGUGCAUCCGGAUGUCUGCGGGCACCCUCACGGAUUGCUGAUGCUGGAAAGGAUCAUCGAAGCCAUCAACACAUACGAGGGAGUGGAGUGGGUCACCAUGGAAAAUAUUUGUGAUGACUUCAAAUCGAAGAGCACUCCGCCCAAGGGUGCGAUGCUACCUGCUGAAGUCGGUGCCAUCUUCAAGGAUCCGAACUUGGAGCUGAAGAAGCAGGAGUAGCUUCUCUAGUCCUCUAGAAAAUUGGGGUCUGAUGUGAAGUGUGGUAGUUGCGUGACAUGAUGCCUUCAAUCGAAUCAUUGCUGC